AUGAUUAAACAUGAUCUUUGGUGGAAUAUUGGUCUUGAACGUCGAAAUAAUAAUAUUUUAUCUUCAUAUACAUUUAUUAAUUCUGAUCAUCAAUAUGAAAUCGAUGAUGAUCCAUCAUUAUAUUGUCAAUCGACAUUAAAAAGUUUAACUGUUGGUCAAAAACAAAUAUGUUUAUUACAUGCUGAUCAUAUGCCUGUUGUUAUUCAAGGUGCAAGUAAAGGUAUUGAGGAAUGUCAACAUCAAUUUCAAGAUCGUCAUUGGAAUUGUUCAACAGUACGAGAUGGAACUGUUUUUGGGCCUAUACUUUAUCAUGCUAAUCGAGAAACAGCAUUUGCUCAUGCAAUGCUCUCGGCAGGUGUUACAUAUGCUGUUAGUCGAGCUUGUAAACAGGGUUUAUUAAAAUCAUGUACAUGUAGUCGAACAGCAAGACCGAAAAAUUUACCACGUGAUUGGACAUGGGGAGGUUGUGGUGAUAAUGUUGAUUAUGGUUAUCGAUUUGGUCGAGAUUUUGUUGAUACACCUGAAAAAGAAAUUAAUCCGAAUAUAAUUGAUUCUUCUGUUUUACUUAUAAAUACAAAUCAAACAAAAUAUCAAGAACGAAAACGAAAAUCUCUACGACGUAAUAGAAUACGACGUCAAAUGAAUAUGCAUAAUAAUGAAGUUGGACGAAGAGUUGUUUAUCGAUUAACACGUGUUGUUUGUAAAUGUCAUGGCGUAAGUGGUUCUUGCAGUCUUCGAACAUGUUAUCAACAAUUACCAACAUUUCGUGAAAUUGGUGCAUUUUUAAAAGAAAAAUAUGAUAGUGCUGUUGAAGUACGAUAUCAACGUCGUUUAGGACAAUUACGUUCACGUGAUCGUCGUUUUGCUGGACCAACUAAAGAUGAUUUAAUAUAUUUUGAAGAUUCAAAUUUUUGUGAAUAUAAUCGACGUAUUGGAUCACUGGGUACGAAAGGUCGUCAAUGUAAUCGAACAAGUCAUGGUCCUGAUGGUUGUGGAACAAUGUGUUGUGGACGAGGUUAUAAUACUAUACGAAAACAUAUGCAAGAAAAGUGCAAUUGUAAAUUUAUAUGGUGUUGUUCUGUACAAUGUCAGACGUGUCAGAAGCUUGUUGAAAUUCAUAUAUGCAAAUAG